CAGUUUUCCCAAUUUGAUAGCAGCUCAGUCAGACCAGAGCAAUGGAGACUUAGCUUAGCCCACACACUUUCUCUUCCUUCCCUUCCCCCUCCUCUGCAAAGCAGAGACAUUCUUCUUCAUCAGUUCUUCCCUUUUUCUGGGGUGGGGGUGGGGAUUUCUUCUGUAGGCAGACAAAAGAGCCAAAUGCUGAGCUUGAGUGAAGUGGCUUUCUCUUCCGAAAAAGCGUUACGUUUGGCAUCUUAUCAUCAUCGGUUGCAGCUGCUGACCCACCCAGACCCAACUAAAGUUGGAGAGAGAAUCUAGAGAGAGAAAGCGAAACCCCUCCUCCCCCACAAAAAAGAGAGAGAGAGAGAGAGAGAGCGAGAGAGAGCUGCUUCAGGUCCGGCCGGAGCUGAAGCCGAAGCUGAAGUAGUAGCAGAAGCCAAGGAAGACAAACGGGACAGACAACCGGGUUUUGUUUGGUGGAGGACGUGCCGGUGUUCUGCCAUGGCCUUCUGCUCCAUGUUCUGCUGUGCGAAGGGUUUGGAUCGCGAUAGAGGAAAGAAGCAGCCAACGUGGAGAAUAUUCUCACUGAAGGAACUGCAUUCGGCUACAAAUAAUUUUAACUAUGACAAUAAGCUCGGAGAAGGGGGCUUUGGCAGCGUUUACUGGGGCCAACUAUGGGAUGGAUCUCAAAUAGCUGUGAAGAGAUUAAAGGUGUGGAGCAACAAAGCUGAGAUGGAAUUUGCUGUUGAAGUCGAGAUACUCGCAAGAGUAAGGCAUGAUAACCUGUUGAGUCUUCGUGGCUAUUGUGCAGAGGGGCAAGAGCGUCUUAUAGUGUAUGAUUACAUGCCGAAUUUGAGUCUACUGUCCCAUCUCCAUGGGCAACACUCCUCAGAAUCCCUGCUUGACUGGACUCGACGGAUGAACAUCAUAAUUGGUUCUGCAGAAGGGAUCACCUAUCUUCACCACCAUGCAACCCCACACAUAAUCCACCGGGACAUCAAAGCAAGCAACGUUCUUCUUGACUCUGAGUUCAGAGCUCGAGUUGCUGAUUUUGGUUUUGCAAAAUUCAUUCCUGAUGGAGCGACCCAUGUGACCACAAGGGUUAAGGGCACACUGGGGUACUUGGCCCCAGAAUAUGCAAUGCUUGGGAAGGCAUCGGAGAGCUGUGACGUUUACAGCUUUGGAAUCCUUCUGCUUGAGAUCGCCAGCGGGAAGAAGCCCCUUGAGAAAUUGAAUGCCACCACAAAGCGUUCGAUCACCGACUGGGCCCUGCCUCUGGCCUGCGAGAGGAAGUUCAAUGAGGUGGCAGAUCCAAGGCUGAAUGGUAAGUGCGUGGAGGAAGAGCUCAAGAGGGUUGUGCUCGUGGCCUUGAUCUGUGCCCAGAACCAGCCCGAGAAGAGGCCCACAAUGCUCGAAGUUUUGGAGCUUCUAAAGGGAGAGUCGAAGGAGAAGCUCGCGGAGCUGGAGAGCAAUGAGCUCUUCAAGAGUCCGAAAGCUGGGGAGUACAAUGAUGGGACUUCACUGGCCGAAGACAGCUCCGACUUCAUGUCGGAAGAGAAGGAUACGAAGGAGGAGGUGAAAGACGUUAAAGAGGAGAUAACUUCAGAAAAUGCACAUGGUGUGUGAAGAAAAUGGUGUACAAGAGACUAGAUUUAGAACUUCGGGUUUUUGUUUUUGUUUUUCUUUGUUUCCUGGGUGAUAAGAUAGGGUUUUCAUUAAUCAAAUCAAAGAUUCAAGAAGAGGCCUUGUUCCUGUGGUUUAUGAUAGGGAAAGUGGCUGCUCCAAUGAUGUCAUGUGUAAGGUGUCGUCUUUAUUGAGUGAAGGUUGAGAUUUGUGUGGUGUAAUGUUUCUUCUACUCUUCCUCAGGUUCCAUAUCUUGGUUGGUUUUUUGUGAGAAGACAAGACAUGCUCUUUUUUUUUU